UUUAUGUUGGGUCGAUAUCAGAGCCAUGUUAACGUUAGAGCUGGAGAUAUCUAAAGACACCACACCCCUCCAGAACCUGAACAACGGGUUCCUGGUGAAGAGGGUAAAUUUGGGACUUAUCUACAACCGUAACCUCGAUGUAAACUUUGGUACAUUUGUUGUGGUAACCACAUACACAUAUAAACCCCAAACACAUUAAGAUGCAUCAACACAUUCGGCUUGUUCCACUGCAUCUGUACGUGUAUCAACAUGGGUUUGAAGGACAGUUUCAUGAAGAGUUCGACUCUGACUAAAAUCUGCCUGGUUCUACUGUUGCUGGCCCAGAUCUGCAGCUGGAUUGCUUUUACUGUUCCUGAGUGGGGGAGGAAGUACACUGAUCGAUUGUUGGGCACUGAUGGUGGAUACACGGGACUUGGUCUGUGGAGGACGUGUUCCAACGGUGCCUCCACGUCGUACACAGGCCCUUCGAACUGUAAUUCUUUCAAUUUGGAUGGCGCAGUGUUAGACUGGUUCGUAGCUGUUCAGGCUUUCUCUAUUUUUGGCUUCGUCGGUAUCAACAUCGCCUUCAUCAUCGUGGUGCUGCAGGUUUUCACGUCCAAAUGUGACGACAUCACCGACAUCGGGUUUUGGAAUGCCGUACAGAGUAUUGUCACAGCAAUAUGUUACCUUAUAGCGGUGAUCGUGUUUGGAGCGGAGUUUGACGAUGGAGAUUACGGUAGACCGAUACCAAAAGGUUAUAAUUACAAGGCCGGAGAGCUCGGGUUCAGCUUCGGCCUGGCCAUCGUGGCUCUGUUACUGGAGGGUGUGGCCGGGGUGCUGAUGCUGGUGGACAACAAGAAGGGGAAAGGAACAUCGCCGGCGUAGUGAUGAAGUAGUGGAUGUCAUUGUAUUUAUGUUACACAUAAUGCUAUUUGUCUGGGGAGUAGGAAUUGUUUACAAGAUGUUAAGGUGAUAUAUGUGCUGUACAAACAAUGAAGGAUGCAUGCUAUUCAAUGCCAAAGCGUUUCAAGUCUUCGACGAUUUCAUUAUAGCUGAUGUUUAAUAACAAGACAUAUUGUGAAAUGUUUUAUCAGAUUGGCAUUGUCACCUCUAAAAUGGUUUUUGGUUGGAUUUGUUAAAGGCAUUGACAUCUGAAUAACGUGUAAGCCUAUGGGCAUGAUAUAGAUUUUGUGUCACAGAGCGACCAUAUUGCUUCGUUCUGCAUAAAGCGUGCAUUAUAUAUUUGGAACUUCAGAGGAUUUACAUUAUCUUGGUAGCCUAACGACGAUUAUACGAACGUACAUUGCUGUACAGAACUGAUGGCUGAAUACCUAUACCAAGGCAUUAUGAGCAAUAAAGAUAAAAACUGCUAUUCA